ACCUUUCAACUCUCUCCCACGCCUUUCAAAUGGAGGGCAUCCUUUUCCACACUAAAUCCAUAACUCACAUUUUCUUUCUGCUCCUCCCAUUUCUCCUCCCCGUACUAAGCCAAAAUCCUCUAAUCCCAUUACCCCCCCUACCAUUAGUACCCGAAAUCUUAACCUUCUUGGACCAGCGACUCUCUAUCAUUUACCCCAUCAUUCAAACCUUCAAAACCACCAUUACCUUGGAUCCCUUCAACAUCACCGCAACAUGGGUUGGCUCCGACGUAUGCAGCUACAAAGGCUUUUACUGUGACCACCCACCUGACAAUCUUACCGCGGUUGCCCUUGCUUCCAUUGAUUUCAACGGAUUCCGACUCUCUGCCCCAACACUUGAUGGCUUUAUUGAUCAGCUCCCUGAUCUCGCCGUUUUCCAUGCCAACUCCAACAACUUUUCUGGCACCAUAUCUCCUAGUAUCGCAAAACUACCUUAUCUCUACGAAUUAGAUUUAAGCAACAACAAUUUUUUCGGUCCAUUCCCUACCGCAGUCCUUGGCAUGACCGGCCUAUCUUUCCUAGACAUCCGGUUUAACAUGUUUACAGGGGCGGUGCCUCCUGCUGUUUUCUUUCAAACUCUCAACGUGCUCUUCCUUAACAACAAUAACUUCAUUCAAAACCUUCCGGUCAACCUCGGUGCCUCACCUCUUCUUUAUCUCACCUUGGCAAACAACAAGUUUACCGGUCCAAUCCCACGAAGCAUUGCCAAUGCUUCCUCAACGUUAACUGAGGUUUUAUUAUUGAACAAUAUGUUAACAGGUUGUUUACCGUAUGAACUUGGGUUUCUAAGAGAGCUCAGGCUCUUUGAUGCUGGAAAUAACUUUCUGACUGGCCCGCUGCCCUGCUCCUUGGGCUGCCUGAAAAAGAUCGAAAUACUAAACCUCACCGGCAACCUCCUGUACGGCCAGAUACCGGAGGUGCUGUGUGCGUUGGGAAGUUUGGUGAACCUUUCACUUUCCCACAAUUACUUCACACAAGUAGGGCCGUUUUGCAGGAAGCUGAUUAAGAGUGGCGUUCUUGAUGUUAGUGGGAACUGCAUUGGGGGUCUUCCUGGUCAGAGAUCGAGGCAUGAAUGUGCAUUGUUCUUCUCGCAUCCUAGAUUUUGCCCCUAUAUGGCGUCCUACAAUUUCAUACCUUGCAGCAUUCAUAAUUCUUCAUCGAAUCAUAGUUCUCCAACUCGGUCAAAGGAAAAUAUGGUGACUUAUAAAACCCUUACAAGACAUAGAUUAUUAUAAGAAACUGAAGUUUUGGGGUUGGUUGUUGUUUGGGGGUUGCUUGUUCCACUUGGCUUUGGGUAACAACAAAUUGUUUGGUGGCAAGGAGAUAUAUGGUAGGCAUUAUAUGUUGGAGACUACAUUACAUGAAAAGUAAAUGAGUAGGCUACAU